UCGGAGGACGAAAGUGAAGAUGACCUUCCAGCUACUCCAGCACUGAAUCGCAAGCGCAAACGUCAAGCUCAAAGUUCCUCACCGCUCGCACUCAUACCUGAUGAGGAAGAUGACGACAGCGAUGUUGUCGUCACUGGCUCAAGAAAACGAUCACUGUCUACAAAGAAACGAGCCCCAGAGCCUGAGCCUGAAGCUGAAUUAUCAGAUGAGCCACCUUCAUCACGGUCCCGCAAACGUCUACGAAGGGUGAAAGAUACAGCCCCAAUGAACACGAUCACAGAAGAGGAGAAGCAAGAGCUGGAGGAUGAUCUGGUAGACCUAGCUUCAAGUGGUAGUGACACUGAAGUGCGAGUUUUACAAAGAAACAAGUCCUCACAAAAGAGUGCUCGUCAGCUAGCCUUGGAGCGUCUCAAGGCCAGAAGAAGGGCUCCAAUGAGCAGUAUCGUCGAGGACGAAGAUAAUGAGGACGAACUGCAGAUUGUAGACGACGAAGAGGAGGACUACAACCAAAGUCCUGAUGAGGAAGAGGAUGAUGAACUUCCCGAGCCAUCGACAAGUAGGACGACCCGCAAGCAGAUGUUCGCCGAAGAUGAGGAAGACGAAGGAUUCGUCAUUGAUGAUGAUGAAGGCCCUCUUGGUGUGCCGACCAACGUACCUAUCGCCUUUACUCGUUAUGCUUCCAUGAAGGCUAGGGACCUCUUCCGUUUCGCUAUCGACUGGAUGGUGCAGAAAAAGAUCAAUCCGGCUUUCCAGAUGGAUGAUGAGAUCUACGACCUGACAUUCAAAAAGCUUGACGAUGAGGUCAAGGGACUGGCUGGCUCCAAGUUCCAAUCUGCGGCUUGGACUGCACAAUUCACGCUUGCACUUCAAGCACGACCAGAUCUUCUCUCAGCACAUUUGGAUCGUCAGUCUUCUGCCCACUUCGGCCGCGACAAGUGCGAUGCUUGUAACAGAUCAGGACAUCCGGCAACCUACGAGGUCAAGUUCGAAGGCAAGCCCUACGACAAGAACUCUCUAGAGCCCGUAGCACCACGCAAAGACCACAACGACUCAGACGACGACUCCGACGAUGACUCCAGCUCCGAAAGCAGCGUCGACUCCAACGCCCCCGUCAACUACGACUCCCAAGGCCGCCAAAUCCUCCCCGAAGAAACCGUCUUCUACCUCGGCAAAUUCUGCAUGAGCAAUGCCGAAACCGCACACUCGCUGCAACACUGGCGCUACCAUCUCUACGAAUGGGUAGUCGAGUACCUGGAGUCUGCUGGCUGGAACACACCGAAGCUCAUCGUUAAGCGCGACAAGUGGAGUGUCAGGAAGCGCAGAAAGCAUGCCAACAAGAUUGUGGAUAUCAUGGAGGAGCAGGGGAAAAUCAAGGCGUUGUAUUCUGAUUUCAAGAAGGAGAUCGAGACGGCGAGGAAUGCUAAGCAGGGACGUUGG